AUUCAGCCUCCCAGCGUGCGGCCGUGCGUCCGAUCCCCUUCCCUGCAGUGAGCUUCUCCAUCACGAUAUCUUGCCUCUCCCCAUCGUCGACUCGCCGUGCCCCUCUUCCCAGCUCUACCUCCGGCUCCUUUAGCCUUUCUUCUAGCAUCUUUGUCGGCUCCGCGACCUCAGUGGCUAUUAUCAGCGGUGUGACAGAAGUCUGGUUUCUUCGUACGUAUCUUCACCUUCUGGCUUCUUGCUGUUUCGGCUGCAGCUUCAGCCAAUCACUGUUCCUGUCUGAAACUUUGAGUAGAGCAGCAUUAUUUUCUAAUAAGAGCAAAAUGGAAGUUCGUGUGGAAAAUAUAAGAGGCAAUAUUGAGUUCAGUUCUCAGAAUGGAUCUCUAAGUUUGGGAGAUGGUGGUGAUGAUAGUAAUACAUUACUGUUGCCGGCCAAAAGAGGGAAGAAAAGAAAAGGCAUGGAUCAGGUACAUGGAGAAAUCAAUUCAAAUAAGAAAAAUAAGUUGGGCAAAUCUCAGAAAAGGAAGAUGAAGAAGCUACAGGAGGAAAAGGAGAAAGAACUUCUGCUGAAAAGAAGCAUUGAGACAUUAAACAAAUACAAGAUUCCAGAGUAUGCAUAUCCUCUUUUGCAGUCUGCACGGAAUAUGAAUCAGAUGGAAACUGUGCUAGAGAGACGGAGGAGAGCUGUCUGCUUAUUAAAAGAAGGCUUGGAGGUUACGGAUAAUCAUGAUCUGUACAGGAUUACAGAUGUUCGACAUAGAAUUGAACAUGAGAAAGAUGAAAUUCAUAUGACACAGGAAGUUGAGGAAAAUGACCAAAUUCAACCAGUUGGAUUUGAAAGAGAACUUGCGUGUGAACCUCCUUCUUUGGGGUCCUCUAAGGAACUAGCUUGUGGUGAUAAAUCUUUUGAAAAUAAUGAACCUCUUGUUGCCGACUCCAAGGAUGGGACAUCUGAGCUCUCUAAAAGCAAUCUCAAUGAACUUAGCAUCCUUAAUGACUCCUCUGCUUCAACUGUCCCUACUGUUGUGCAUGUACAUAGACCAACUGAGGUUCAAGACAAAAGAAAGGAUCUUCCAAUAGUCAUGAUGGAGCAAGAGAUUAUGGAAGCCAUAAAAUAUCAUUCUUGUGUUAUUAUAUGCGGAGAAACUGGAUGUGGUAAAACAACUCAAGUUCCUCAAUUUCUUUAUGAAGCUGGUUAUGGUUCGAGCAAGUCAAAAGUUCACAAUGGUAUUAUAGGUGUUACUCAACCACGUCGCGUUGCUGUUCUUGCAACAUCAAAGCGUGUGGCAUAUGAGCUUGGCCUUCAUCUCGGAAAGGAGGUUGGCUUUCAAGUUAGAUAUGACAAGAAAAUUGGCGAUAAUUGUUCCAUCAAAUUCAUGACUGAUGGAAUUUUACUACGUGAAAUUCAGAAUGAUUUGUGGUUAAGGCGUUACUCUGUUAUAAUUCUUGACGAGGCUCAUGAGAGGAGCUUGAACACAGAUAUUUUGAUCGGGAUGCUGUCACGUGUUAUUGUGUUUCGGCAAGAGGAAUACAUAAACCAGCAAAAGAGGAUGCUCUCAGGAGCAAGCAUAGACCCUAAUGAUAUGAUUUUUCCAUUAAAGCUUGUGCUGAUGAGUGCCACUUUGAGAGUUGAAGACUUCACUUCUAAAAGGUUAUUUCGUACACCACCCCCUGUUAUAGAAGUUCCUACGAGACAGUUUCCUGUAACAAUACACUUUUCAAAGAAGACAGAGAUUGUUGAUUAUAUUGGGCAAGCAUACAAAAAGGUCUUGGCAAUUCACAAGAGACUUCCACCCGGUGGCAUACUUGUCUUUGUCACUGGGCAAAGAGAAGUAGAGGACUUGUGCAGGAAGUUACGCAAUGUUUCAAGGGAAUUAAUUUUGAAGGCAUCCGUAGAUAAUCAGGGCACUCUGACACCUGAAACAAAUUUUGCUGAGGAAGUAGAUAUGAAGGAGAUAGACGAAGCAUAUGAGAUCCAUGGGAAUUUGGCCACCCAAAAAACUGUUAGUUUUAGUGCUUAUGAUGAAGAUGAGCAGGAUGCAUAUGGGGAUGAAUCAGAUUUUUCAUAUAAUUCAGAAACUGACAGCGAUUUGGAAUUUGAUGUAGAUGAUAAUCUUGAACAUUUAGAGAACAAUGAUGAUUUUGUGAAUGUCUUAGGAGAUCAAGGGAAACGUGCUUCGUUAAAGGCAGCCUUUGAAGUGUUGUCAAGUAAAGCACAAUCAAACUCCAAUUCUGGUAGGGAGGAGACUCUUUUGGUGAAUAAGGAAGGGGCUUUAGAUCAAUCAAAAAUUUAUAAGGAGAAGAGGGCUAGAGAAGACUCUCCAGGUUCACUUUUUGUUCUACCACUUUAUGCCAUGCUUCCAGCAGCUGCUCAACUUCGCGUAUUUGGAGAAAUCAAGGACGGAGAGCGUCUUGUUGUGGUUGCCACAAAUGUUGCUGAAACCUCCUUAACAAUCCCAGGGAUAAAGUAUGUGGUGGAUACUGGGCGCGAAAAAGUGAAGAAUUAUAACUCUUAUAAUGGCAUGGCAACCUAUGAAGUUCAAUGGAUAAGUAAGGCAUCUGCUGCUCAGCGUGCAGGAAGAGCGGGAAGAACUGGACCUGGCCACUGUUAUCGUCUUUAUUCUUCUGCAGUCUUUAAUAAUAUACUUCCUGACUUCUCUCUUGCCGAAGUUUCUAAAGUACCCAUUCAUAGUGUGGUUCUUCUGUUAAAAUCUAUGCUUAUUAAGAAGGUUAAAGACUUCCCAUUUCCUACUCCUCCUAGUGGUGCUGCACUGGUUGAAGCGCAGAACUGCCUGCAUGCUCUUGAAGCACUUGAUAACAAGGAUGAACUCACACCAUUGGGGAAACUCAUGGCCCUUUAUCCCUUGACUCCUCGUCAUUCCAGAAUGCUUCUUACAGUUAUUAGAUUGGCAAGGAGCAAGUAUAAUUGCAAACGACCAAAUCUACUCUUGGCAUAUGCUGCCGCAGCUGCUGCAGCAUUGAGCCUAUCAAAUCCUUUCUUUAUGCACUUUGAAGGAAAUGAUGGUAAAGGGGACACGGAGAUGCACGAGAAAUCUAGCAUGCUGGACGGUGUGGAAGUCAUUGACAAGGAAGAAAAAUUAAGGAGAAAGAAACUAAAAGAAAAUGCAAAAGCUGCUUAUGAAAAAUUUCGUGUUAAUUCUAGCGAUGCGCUGACAUUAGCUUAUGCUUUGCACUGUUUUGAACAUUCAGAGAAGCCUGUGGAAUUUUGUGAUGCAAAUGCAUUGCACCUUAAAACCAUGGAGGAGAUGUCCAAGCUUAGGCAACAACUACUUGAACUUGUCUUCUAUCAAAGUACUGUUAAUGGUUUUGAACAGGAAUACUCAUGGAUUCAUGGAACUUUGGAGGACGCAGAACGUGCCUGGCAAGUAUCUUGUGAAAAAUAUCCUCUUUUGCUGGAUGAGGAACGGCUCAUCUGUGAAGCUAUCUGUGCUGGUUGGGUAGACAGGGUUGCCAAACAAAUUACUGCGUCUUCUAGGACCUCAGAUGGCAGCAAAAGAGUUCCUGGUGUUAGGUAUCAAGCAUGCAUGCAUGAAGAAAUGGUCUUCCUUCAUCGUAGGUCAUCAGUUUCUGUUACAGCCCCUGAUUUUUUGGUCUAUAAUGAAUUAUUAUAUACAAAAAGACCAUACAUGCAUGGUGUUACUAAGGUGAAGUCAGAUUGGCUUGUUGAACAUGCCAAAUCUUCAUGUCAGUUCUCUAAACCCCUAGCGAAACCCAUGCCUUUCUAUGAUCGCCAGACUGACCAAGUAAAAUGCUGGGUCAAUCCAAUCUUUGGGCGUUUUUGUUGGGAGCUUCCAAAAUGUCAAUUCCCAGUUAUUGAUGAUGAUUUCAGGAUGCAAGUAUUUGCCUAUGCUUUGCUUGAUGGUCAGGUGUUCCCAUGUCUAAAAUCUGUGCGAAAAUAUAUGGCAGCUUCUCCUGGAAGCAUUUUAAAGAAAGAAGCAUUUUGUCAGAAAAGGGUUGUAAAUCUCUUGAGCAAGUUGAAAGGUAGGUUGAUUGAUAGCUCUGCUAUGUUAAAAAUGGUAUGGGAGGAGAACCCAAGGGAACUUUAUACGGAGAUUUUGGAUUGGUUUCAACAGAGCUUUCACAAGAACUUCAAUGGUUUAUGGUUACAAAUGCUUGGGGAAGUGCUUUAGGAGAAAAUGAAUGCUGUGUCUUCAAGGGAGCGUUAAAGCGGAACAAUCACGUAAAUUAUUGCUUAACGGUUAAGGGCAGCCUAUGUAAAUUUACAUUAUUAUUUAUAUUAUAAUUUUUUUAUUUCAUAAUAAAAGAAAAAUUUAAGUAUA